CCGAUUGACAUCUCAUAGAAUUUUAUUUCCAGGUGGUAGCUAUGUAUACUUUGAUUUUGUUUAUCAUCAUCUUUCCAGUUUGUCAAGUAUUGGGUACAGGGCGAUGGGGCAUGUCUGCCUACCCGCCGACUACCAUGCGAGGAAAUAGUGUUAGCAUAUAUUGUUAUUACAACAUGAAUACAGACAGGAUAAUUCCUGAAAUGUUUAUGGAAAUCCGGAAAACUAAAAACAGUGACUGGAAGGUAAUUGCAAAGACUAACACUACAGGAUCCUAUCUCCUUGUGCAGGAUCCGGAUCGACAAAAUUAUUCAAUAUCAUCAUUCUACGGUUGUUAUCGUGGAUUUAGGUGUGGUAUCAGGAUAUUUGUAUCCUUUGGAUUGAGCAGUUGUACGGUAGAUCCGGACCUCUACUCGAUCUUCAGAUGUAAAGUUUCCAACGGAAGUCAGACUUUUAAAAGCAGCGAGAAAAGUUUUGUGUCAACAAAAGGUCAGAUUCCUUCAGAAAUGCAAACUCCAAACAUUAUUAAAAGCAGUGGUGAAAUACAAACGGGUGGUAAAGAUCCUUUCAGACCCGGAGAUGUGGUCCACCUGCAGUGUGAAGGAGAAGUUGAGAGUGUUAAUGGCAUACCUAGCGAGUAUAUAAGGUGGUGCAAGAAAAAAUUAGGAACAUUUGAUGAAAUACCUUUACAAAAUCCCCCAAACUCCGGUUUGGUAUGGAGCAGCAAGGAUGGUUGCACAAAUGUGCAGAAAUCGGAAAUAUUUUACCAUAUCAUGGAAAGUGAUGCACAUCUGGAAAUUAUGUGCGAAUCCGGAUACAACAUACGUAGGAAAAAAUGUGGAAAUGGAAGUGCAAACUCGACAAUUAUAUUAAAUACAAACAUCAAAACAGACGAAGGCCGAUGGAAGGUAUCUCCUAUUCUGAUGUUCGACGGAAAUGGAGUUAUAGAUGAACAAAAUGUCCUAACACAUGGACUUGGUAGAACAUUUUAUCUCACAUGUAGCGCAUCCUCAUUUACAUCUGAUGCACUGGCAAUCAACUGGUGUGUUAGAAAGACAGACACUGCAAAGUGGAUCAAAGUUGCUACACAGGAAGAGGGAAUGACGUCAUCAGCAAGCAAAAGUGGAGAAUAUAUAGUGUUUAGUAGAAUUACUUAUCACGUAACGAAGUACGACAAGGUUCUGCACUUUCUCUGUGAAAUUCCUCUGUCAUCCUCAAGCCCAUGUGGUUCAGGAUCAAGUUUUACAAGCCUCUCAUUAGUAAUAAAUGCUCAACAAACUGCAACAUCCGACCUCAACACAUAUUUUGUCUCUACAGCAGCUUUAUCCGUUUUGCUGUGCUUAGUUCUAGUUACAGUAGUGGUGCUGGUCAUUAUUACGUUCAGAAGAGGAGGACUGACGAUAUGUGGAUUUGUUUUCAAUAUUCAGAGAAGCAAAUAUGAAUAUGAAGUGACAGAAGAUAAACAUAAAAGUACAUCCGGAUCCUCACAAGUAAUGACCUCAAAAAGUGUAUCUCAGCCAAGAUAUGUACGACAUGGCAAAGAACCAUUCAGAAAGAGUGACAAGCAUGGAAAAGAUGGUAGUUUUGAAAAUGAAGGUUUUAACAGCGAAAUUUUGAAGGAAGAAGAUACAUUAAAAUACGAAAGUGAAUCAAAAAUAUGUGACUUCGAUGAGUUGCGUAUUGAAGAAAAACAACAAGAAUAUGAAGAGAUGAAGUUUUGAAAAUAUUCAAUAAUGAUAAAAAGUAUCGAAGAAGCAUUUUGCAUGCAGAAUGGGAAUGCAAUCUAAAAUUUUCGGAAUAAUAGACCACUGAACUGCACUCCCCAUGAAUAAACACAUAAACUAGGCUGUUUCACUACUUUGAGAACACGUUCCUAAAUACAACGCAUAUUGUCCCCUGCUUGUAAAGUGGGGGAUAUUAAUUUGGAUCUGUCCGCCCGUCUGUCCGUCUUUCUGUCUGUAACGCUUUCGUUUCCACACGAUAUCUCGAGAACCCUUUAAGCUUUUGCAAUGAAAUUUUGCAUAGCAACUCCCUAUGGACUAAGGUAGAACCCACUUGAUUUUGAGGUCAAAAGGUCUAAGGUCAAGGUCAUAAAUUCGCAAAUUCUGUCUAUUAUAACACUUUCGUUUCCUCGCGAUAUCUCGAGAACCCUUUGAGCUUUUGCAAUGAAAUUUUACCUAAAAACUCCCUGUGACUUAAGGAAAUCUCCUAAUGAUUUUGAGCUCAAAAGGUCAAAGUUCAAGGUGGUAAAUUUAUAUAUUCUGUCUGUGUGUAACACUAUCCUUUCCAGGCGAUAUUUUAAGAAGAUUUUGAGCUUUUGCAAUGUAAUUUUAUACCAAAACUCCCUAGGGCCUCUCUCAACCCUCUCAAAGUGUUCCGCCUCGUUUGUUUUAUUAGUAUUUAUUGUACAUGUAUUACAUGUCGCUAUUUUUAGCACAAGGGCAUGAGAAGAGUUAUUAUGUAUUAAACAGGUUCUCAGAGGACUUUAUACUCUUAUUACAUCUAUAACAACUGUUUAAGAAAGGUCAAAUUAGACACCAUGCAUUGUGUAAAAUUUUGACAAUAUCGAACGUGAAUAUAUAUAUGUAUUUGCUUAUAAUUUUCGCCUGUUCAAAUCGGUUCCGUGGUGUACUAGUAUGUCUCUCGCUUCACAUGUGAGAGGUACCGGGUUCAAAUCCCGGACAAUCCAUUUUCUUUUUUUUCCGAAAACUUUUUUACUAAAUGAUAGUAUUCAUCAUAUGAAAUGAUAAAUUUAUGAGUUCUGGCUUGUACAUACUCAUAAAAUCGUCAUUACAGUGUGAUAAAAAUUCCAAAUAAAAAGAAUCUUCUAUACAGAUAAUAAAGAAUAAGCAUUCAAAGAAGAUGGGUGAAUAAGGCGGGCAGAAUGCCUAUAGUGCGACAGAUAAGAAGUGAAAAUUUUAAUCUUAAUUGAAUCCAAAUUUUACUUGAUAUUUCAUCUAAUAUUGAAGUAUACUUUAUGUAAAAUCUCUACAAUUUACAAAAAGCACACAAAGACUGAAAAUAUUUGCCUAUGAAAAUGCUUACACACACUAAAAAGAACAAAAACGAUCAUUUUCUCAUACUUAAACAACAUUUUUCAAU